AUGGAGAGUUCAGAGCAGGGACAAGUGGGGGAUGUUGUAGAGGACGGCGACAGUGAGGCUACUGGCGUGGAGGGAGACACCCCGGAGUCCCAGGACACAUGCAGCCAGGAGCUCUUCUCAAGCCCGGAGGAGGCUAGCCAGUCGCAGCAGCUGGAAGCUGAUGUUGAGGAGGAAGCUGAGGAUCGUGCUCGUGGGACCUUGACUACUGCAGCCGUAUCACCGGCCUCACGUAGGUUGCAGAACCUGAGACGGAAUCCUAGGAAAUCAAAAGAGGAAUUGAUCAAGUCUGUAAUGAGCCACUACAACAGAGAAAGUAGGAAGACAGAGGAAUGGAGAGAGAAGACCUAUGAAUGGAGAAGCAGUGUACAUGAAUGGAGAAAGAGUGUACAUGAAUGGAGGCAAACAGAAAGCAGGAGAAAGGAAUUGUCUGCCAAAAAAACCACAAAGCAGAUGAUAAGCCUCCUGUCUCGCCAAACUGAGUCUUUCGAGUCUCUUGUAGCCAUGCAGACAAAUAUGUACCGUUGUAACCCACAGCCCUCCCAAAGCCCUCUUCCUUGUUCCCCAGUAUUUCCACAAAACAACUUUCUCCAGCAGCCAGUUCCGUAUUAUCCCCAGCUGCCCCCAACACCUAUAAGAUCACCUACCAGCCCUGAUAACUAUAAUUCUUACCCUGUUCACUCCACCCCCAUUAUUCUGCAGCAUAGUAAUCCUGAAGUGCAGUAGACAGUGAAUAUUGAUCAAAAUAGGACAUAUUAAAACCUGUAAAUGUACAG